AGGAGAGACAGAGCUCAACCACCUCCACAGAGAGACCAGUAUAGGAGAGACAGAGCUAAACCACAGAGAGACUAGCACAGGAGAGACAGAGCUCAACCACGAGAGACCAGUACAGGAGAGAGAAGCAGAACACGUUGACUGGGUGAACAAAGCCUGUAAGGAAUGUAGGUCUGCACCCUGCUGCCAUUGUAUGCCAACACAAUCUGUCUUCCUGUACAGUCGAGAGGCAAGGAGUACACACCCAUGUACAUCACACACCCACACGUUAAAAGGGAAAGAACAACACAACCACUCACAUCCAGACAAACACACAGAGGACCUAAAUGAGAGAGAGAGAGAGAGAGAGAGAGAGAGAGAGAGAGAGAGAGAGAGAGAGAGAGAGAGAGAGAGAGAGAGAGAGAGAGAGAGAGAGAGAGAGAGAUAAAGUCUCCAGAGGCCAGGCUCAUUUGUUUCUUCGCAGAACUAUACUCUGACUGACUGGAUGUCUAACUCACUGAACGUCGUUUCAACUCUUUGUGUCAGACUAGCGGACCGAGGUCUGCUACAAGGUAGACUUUUGUAUGUUUGCACUUUUUGAUGUGUUUGAUGGAUUAUUCCUUUAAACGGACUGUUACACUGGACCAUUUUAUUUGAAACCGUUACACUUCAGACACGUCUGUCAUUCUGCCUUUAAAACGGUAAAUGUUAGACUGUUUAACUUUCUUGUCUGUCAAACUCUCUGUGAGUGAGCUCUGCUCCCUGUCUAAUGAGCCGCUUCUUCCCCUUCAGAGCACUUGAAUGUGAUGAACACAGCUCAGAGUGACUUCGAUACUUUGAGAAGAUCUGUUGUACACGGGAUCGCCGCCAAAGCUCAACAUUCACAAGACCUCAUGUUUUUUUCUGUAAUUAUUUAUUGAUUUUGAUACCAUUUUUUGGGAGACUUAAAGUACGUUUCAUUCUCACAACUGGAACAGCUUGGUAUAAACACAAAAACAUAUACAUUGUGCUUUGCUGCUGGAUAAGUACUGCCUUAAUCCCCCUCUGGUCUGGAUUCAUUUUAUUGGACUCCUUGUUAUAUUCUUCUACAUCUAACCAGGUAAAGUGUUUGUGUGUGUGUAAGCGAGAGCAAGAGUUGCCAAUUACAAUUAUUCCCUUCUGUUUCCUGUAUUUGUGCAAUUUGUGCAAAAUGCACAAAUGUGCAUGACCACAUUGUUACAAGAAAAACUGUAUAAAGUAUAGUUUAUUUUAUCAGAUAUUUUAGUCAGCCAUGUUUUUAUUGUGUAGAACAUGUUGAAAUGUAAAAAUGCAAUUUGGCAUACAUAGACAUACUAUGCAUAUACACACAGACACACACACAGACACAGACACACACACAGACAUACAGACAGACAGUAUGUGAGGUAUGUGACUGUGUUAUUUCCGUGGCAGUGUUUACUCUACAUCUUUAUUUCCUUUCCCAGAGAGAGGGCGCGUGGGAACCCUGCGUCAGAAUAAAUCAAACCCUGGGAAACAUUAUAGAGGAGGUCCUAAAGGUUACUACCAAACUGAUUGCAGUGCGCUGUUGUGACCCUGCUGUCCUCUGAUUGGUCAUGGCAGACUGGAGCCUUCUGGGAAACUUCCUUGAAGAAGUACAGGAACAUUCUACCUCUGUUGGCAAGGUGUGGCUGACCAUUCUGUUCAUCUUCCGAAUCCUCGUCCUGGGCACUGCGGCCGAGUCUUCCUGGGGAGACGAACAAGAGGACUUCACCUGUGACACCAUCCAGCCCGGCUGUGAAAACGUCUGCUACGACCGGGCCUUCCCAAUAGCGCAUAUCAGAUACUGGGUUCUCCAGAUCGUGUUUGUGUCCACGCCCAGUCUCAUCUACAUGGGCCAUGCCAUGCACAUCGUACGCUGCGAGGAGAAGAGGAGGAGCAGAGAGGCGGAGAUCCAAGAGGAGGGUGGAGGCAGAGAGGAUGACCCAGGAGGAGGACAGAAAGGAGGAGAGAGGAAUGUAAAGGGAGAGCGGGAUGGAGGAGUAGGAGGAGCAAGAGGAGAGAAAGGGCGUAUCCACCUUAGGGGGGCGUUGCUACGAACCUACAUCCUCAGCAUUCUCAUACGGAGCAUCAUGGAGGUGGUGUUCUUGUGUCUGCAGUACUUUAUGUAUGGAAUUUUCCUCCAUCCUCUCUUCAUGUGCCAGGCCUGGCCAUGUCCUCACCCGGUCAACUGCUACAUCUCCCGACCCACUGAGAAAAACGUCUUCAUCGUGUUCAUGCUGGCUGUGUCUGUGGUCUCACUGGCACUCAGUGUGCUUGAACUCCAGCAUCUAGCAUGGAGACACUGCAUCAGGCACAUCAUCACCAAGGGGAGAAUAUCACCCUGCAAUAGGGAGUUACCUUUGCCAACACCAUUAACUCCACCUCCAGACUUCAACCAGUGUGUGAUUGGUUCUUCACAUUACCUACCUCUCCCGUUUCCCAACCAUCGAUUGGCCACUCAGCAGAACUCUGACAACAUGGUUGCUGAGAUGCAUAAGAUGGCUGUGGAGGAGAACUUCCUUCAGAUGACCUGCUACAAGCAUGAAAGACAGCCUGGAGACUGUGGCCACAUGCAAGACGGUGGCUUCCAGAAUGAAGGGGUGGACUGUUCCAACAAGGAGGCAUCUUUUCCUCAGAUCCAGUACAGUAAAACAGGAUUCCCAGUACCAAGCCCCAGUGGAGUUUUCUUCCAGAAGGACAAGCGGCGAUUGAGCAAGACCAGCGGGACCAGCAGCCGAACCAGGGCUGAUGAUUUAGCCAUUUAGAGACACUUGAAGAAAACCGGGGCGCAAAUAGACACAUGAUGUCCUGUGGUUUUAUGAGUAGAAAAGAAUGAGCUCUUCAUGAAGCAGUUGGAACACACCA